AUGCUAAUCGAACUCGCCGGCGCCGGGACCUGUUGUCUUCUGACCUCGCUGCUGGGUGUGGGGGCAGCGAAGACUAUCGCAUGGGGGACCGCCGCCACGUUGCCGUGUCUCACGAGUGCUGGGCCUGUCGCGACCGCAGCUUCUGCAGCGAUAAGCGCUCCGAGCGCUUCAGCUCUUGGUGGCAGCGCUGCCACACUUGCUGCAGGGGCAGCUACAAUUCCAAGCGCAGUGUCAUGGCUGGCCAAAGUCCUCGGGAUUUCUCUUGCGGCCGGCGGCACGGCUGGAGCGUCUGCAACCGCAGCCAAGAUCGCAGGCGGGACUAAAGCCGCUGGUCUUCUUGGAGCUGCCACCACCACUGGCGGCUCCGGGGUGCCUCUAAUGCCUGGUCUACCGUUCGUAGGUUAA